CGUAUACCUGUAUAAAACGAAUAGGUGGGUACCUACCUAUCUAUUGAUAGUUGAACAGUAAUCCCUAUUUGGUACCUACCCCGAUAAAGGUUUUAAUAAAAAAAUGUCCACAAUUCUGAGAUUGGUCUUUGCUGCAUUAAUUUUCGUUGAAAUAGACUAUAUUUUAGCUGACGAGGACUACCAGGAGAGAUGUCACUAUUGUCGUUCGCAAGAUAUAUCAGAGUGUGUUCCUGCUCAAAGAAGUUAUGGGUGCCCCAGACCUAUAAACCAAUGCAUAUCUGCUUCGGUACUCUUAACCGAUCGCAAGACCAACGCAACCCAUCCUUUAUUCCUCCGUCGAUGCUGGAAAGGUGGUUGCGAAGAACUAAAAAAACAAGAUUUGAAAGUUUUGUACUGUAAAACCUGUAAUGGCAAAGAUAAUUGCAACGAUGAUACAAUACCAGAAAUAGAUGAUGUAGAUCCACAGGUGUCAACAGAAAGUCCCGUAAUCGAUGGAUCACCACUUGCUUAAGCAAAAUUUAUUUGAU